AGAAGUAUGUAGUGAGGGAAACGACUGCUUUGUAACACCCAGGUAAACUUCUGAAACACCUUGAUGAAAACAAGCUACAUUAAAGGCCCCAAAACCACUUUCCUUGUGGUUUUCCUCUGAAUGUCCUUCACAUGAAAUGGGCCUGAGCCACUCUAAGUCUCACCCUAGGGUGACCAAAGUAGCACCUUUGCAGAACAAAGAGGAAGAAACUCCCUCGACUGGCCCUGUGGACUUUGCAUUCUAUCAGAAUCUGGAAGAAAAGAGUUCAUAUUCCUCAGCAAGACUGCAGGACCAGAAUAAAGCUUUGGAAGGGCAGCUGCCACCUCUACAAGAAACCCGGUAUGGAAGAUAUUCUGCAGCAUCCAGCCCCACAUAUUUUGACAUCCCACUGGAAAGGAGAGAAACAAGUAUUAUUAAAAGACAUCCACCCCGAAGACUUCAAAAGCUUGAACCCAUUGACUUGCCACAAGUAAUUACUUCUGAAAGGUUCCUGAGCCAGCGAGAAGCCAGGACAAGGCACAAAGCAAAGCAGGAGCUAGAAAAGAAAAUGCCAAUCCUAACAUAUACAUCUGGGAAAAGACAAUAUUUGCAUAAGAUGCAAAUGCUGGAAAUGAACCGUGAAAGACAAGAGGCCCAAAUGGAGUUGAAGAAAAGUCUUCACAGGGAAGCAAGAAUUCAUAAGCAAAACCUGAGGGACCAUAAUGCCAAGAAAAUCCUUCCAAGCAUCCCAAGGAAUGAUGACCAUGACCAUCUAACCAUAUUGCCUGAUGAAACCUUGAGCAAAGGUCCAGGCAAUUCACAGAACACAGACUUUUUGGAGCAUCAAGCAGUGAAUGACUACUGUUCCCGGAAAACUGGCAAAAUAGAAACAUGGCUCCAUGCAAAAGAGGCCUGGAGACAAUGUUUCUGGGACAGCUCUAGCUCUGACUCAGAUGAGUUAGGGAAAGAUGAAAAGAAACCGCGAGGACUGGUGAGGACCAGGACAGAGAGAACCCUGCUUUUCGAUGAGUUUUUUGAUGGAGAAUAAAAAUGCUAUUCACUAACC